UUAAUUAUAAUUUUAAUGAUUGGUUUCUUCGAAUAACCACGAAAGUUAUACGAAGAAAUCAACACUUUUCCGUAGUAAAUAAGCUCUCUAAAUACAUGUGACUGUUGUUUUCCCAUUAUUUUAUUUUGUCCGUCCGUUCCGUUGGUUCAUGUUCGUGUAGUGUAUCAGUAAGUUUUGGGCACAUUCAGGUGUUUUUUAUUUUCAGGAAGCGACGCCAACAGGCCCGCUAUACGGGAGAGCGCUCGCCGAGCCAUCCGGGCCGCCAUUGACAGUUUGCAAGCGAUUGACAGGAUCACCACCGAUGCCGAGGCGACGAAAAUCAGAGAAAACCUGCGAACACUGAAGUUUUUCCUCCCCGGACCGAUCACGGUGCAAAAACUGUGCAGAUUGGACGACAAUAUCAUCACUGGAGAUGUUUUGGAUUCGUAUUCGCAACUACUAGGCCUCAUCAUCAAGGUCAUGCUGCCGCAGUGGCCGCAUUAUAAAGAAGACGUCACCCCCCUGUUCCUUCUAGAAGAAAGCUUCUUCCUCAGCCACGAAGUCCUGACGGUUCUGUGCGGGUUCCUCAAGCACGAAACUGAUGUUACCGUGCUAAGAGCCUUAUCUUACAUCCUUCUGAAAUACGUCAGGAGUGACGCAGUUCUGACGGCGGUUUUAGACUGCAGCUGCGUGGAAAUGCAGGACAAAAUCGAGAAUUAUAAGCACAGGAUGGAUUGGGAGAAUUUCGUGCAACUUCUCACGUCGCUGCCCGAAAGGGUCGCCAAUAGAUUACAGACUGAAACUCCUAAAGAGUUCUCCCACGAGGAUUACUGCUACAAGUUGAUAUUCCACGUGAUCAGAGGCGUGGAUUAUAUGAGCGAGAGCUGUUUCCACCAAGAAGUCAUGUACGACAUAUCCUACUUGGCUCAUUUCCUGUCUAAAGUCAUAAUAAACUACAAUAUGACGGACGUUAUUUUGAAAUUCGUCGAUAUUCUAAUCGGUUGGAGCGCCAACGACCAGUCUUUGAGCAAGUUCGUUCGACGAAGACUUACACAGACGCUGUUCAAUCACCUGAAUCGACAGGCCAUAGACUCAAUAGCUCUUAUCCUGCUCAAGCGCUGCCCCAUAGACUAUAGAACCGACGAGCAGGCUAUCUUCCAUCUGUUAGGCGAUAAUAUCGACUCAAGCAAAGACUGGAACGACAUCCUUACCUACCGGAUACCGUUCUACUACAAGCCUACCGACUACAAAGACACUACCGUCGUCGAGAAUCUCAUAUACUACUUAUCGACCACAAAAAAUAAUCCAGCGGACACUUUAGCUGGCUUUGUUCUUAAAUUGGCCAGCGUGUGGUCAGACGUCAAGCUUUGCAACGUCUCAAAUAUACCUCAACACAUGCAUAUCUCCCAUCUAAUGCUGUUAGCAGUAAAAUACCGCAGCAUGAUCUCAAAUAGAGACAACGUCGAGUGGGAUCUGGUAGAAACUAAGAGCAUCCUCUUCAAAGGCGUCUCAAGGCAUCUCAGGGUCUUGCUUAACGAAUUUCGAUGCAUCGGCAUGACCACUGUCGAGACUAUAUUCAAGAUACUCUCGACCCAUGAUGAUUCGGAAAGAGAGGCGGCUGCUAACUUGAACUUUGAUUUAAGUUGCAUGGGGGAUACCUGCGUCGAUAUACAAAGGAUCCUUCGAGGAAUCAUUUACAAAUGCCUGAUCGAUCCUGAAAGAAGAAUCCCACGAUUGCAUAAAGUAAAACCGAUCAACCUGCAGGGUUUGCUAGACCUAGUCGCAACAAGGGUGAUCGAUGGCGACAACUGGCCAGCCGAGAAUACACUACUCACCGUGUGUACUACCAAAACCAAAGCUGAAAUGGAGCGGAUAUGCAAAACGUGUAUUUAUUACAAAUUGGACGAUUACGCGCUCUCGAAAAGCACCAUCAGCGAGAUUGAAAAGUCGGAACAACUAGAUUCUGAUGACGAUUUGCAACCGUAUGACAUGAGCAAUGACGUGGCAGUCGCUACUCGGAAACGGGCCAACUAUUUGAGAGACCUUUUAGAGGUGCUCGUAGACCCCCCAGAUGCAGAAACUUUCGAAGCCAGCCUCGAUGUAGCUGAAGAAUUGGUCCUCAAACAGCUAAAGACAGAAGACAGGAAACUGGUCGAGGAUCUCCUCAAUCUAUUCGUGCACAUAGAAGAAAAGUUCCACGUCGAGAACUUCGAUAGUAUCAAGUUUAAUACCGUGGUGGCAAUAGUGUACAUCCAGCCGAAAGUUGCCGCCGCGCACUUGUGUAAAGAAAUACACACGGAUGUUGGGCGCUAUUCCAUAGCGACAAAGAUAUUUAUGUUGGAUGCAUUAGCGGAGGCUGCGAGUCGAAUCGCCGGCGUCAAUGCGGCCUCGCAACCAGCCGGGCAGGCCAUAGACGAUGACGAAGACGAGCCCGAAGUCAUCACGCGAGAAAACGACCUCCCCGCCGCCGAAAUCAUCCGCCGGCGUUUAGUCAACAAGACCAGAUACUUCCACACGAUCCGACCGCACCCGUUCUCGAGAGCAAAGCGGAAUCAAUUCGCUGCAGUCUCCGAUUUCUUCUUCUACCCGCUCGUUUCGGGCUUCGGCUGCAAGCAAUUAAGCUUGAGCUACCACAACUUAAAGCACGAUGUCGACAGUGUGCUGCUUUUGAAGUAUCUAUCGGUGGUCGGGAAUAUAAUUCUCGCUUCGAAGAACUGUCCGAAAUGCUCAAGCUACUGCUGGGAGAUUCUCCAAAUAAUCACGUAUAUGAGACACACCCCGGACCCGAAAAUUCAGAUGGCAGUGAUUUCCCUGCUAGCGUCGGUGGUUUUAGUGUUGCCGCCUCUGAUAAUGAAGACGGAAUUCUUGAAUAUAAUGCUUGAAUUCCGCUCGUGGUUAGGCGACUGCCUGACCAACAUAGAUCUGACCAUGAGAUUCGGCGGCUCCAAGUCCGAAUCAGCCAUAUUCGCCGGACAAGUCCUCUAUAUGAUGGAGAAAGCUAUGUCCGAGGAGUAGUAUUAUGUAUGUGAUCGAAUGUAAGCGUAAGUGUGAUGCGAUGUAAUCGAAUUACCCACCGUUAUCAAUAAAAUUUGUAACCAUUUCAGUGCUUUGACCAGUUCUUGAAAAUCUUUUCGAAUGCUGUAUUAUGUAUUAAGCGUUUAGGUAUUGUAACAAAAUCGAAUUUUUACCAUGACAUAAUUUUAUUGUGUUUUAUAAGUCAAACUUACUCAUUAGAUGAGAUGUGUAUCAUAUUUGUUGUUUAAUUUUUGUUCCUAAAUUAGAGGCUUAUAUAAAAUUGUGUAUGAAAUGAUAAUUUGAUGUUUCUGUUUGAGUAGCCUUUCGACGAUUGGUCGUCAUUUCGACCGCACCCUGACGUAAGUAAAACCAGCAACAGUCACAUGUAUUUGCUAAGAAGACCGGAGCUAGUGAUGUGCCGGGAAUAUCAGCUGACUCGAGUAUUGAAUCGGUUUUCAACGUGUGUUGUCUUUGAUAUGACAUCUUCGAUUUGAAAAUUCGCACAUUCGCAACUUGAUAUUCUCCAUGUAACACACCGACGUUCUUAGUAAGAGUUUAAUCAAGAAUAAACACUUUCUCAAGUAUUCAUGUCUAAUUUUACUGUUUUUAAAUGCCGACAUAUAAUAGGAUAAGUCGUCCUAGUCCACUCCGCUCAUAGCUAAUGUUGGCAUGAGCUGCAACGACAGAGAGACCAACACACGGUAUCAUAAAGACCUAUUCAGACCUGAGCGAUAUUCGCUGCCGCUGUGGGUAGAGGUACACACCGCGCGGGUUUCGCUCAGGUAUUUA